AUUUUAAUAUUAUCUGGCAACACUCCUUCACUACCUGUAUCAUGAAAUAGUGCACGUUCUUGGCUCAAAUAGGAUUAAAUAAACAAUAAAGUUUCGAAUGGAUUUUGCUCGUAAAAUAUUGAAUAAAUAUGGAUGGAAAGAAGGAGAAGGCUUAGGAAAACAUAACAAUGGCAUUGUUAAACCCUUGAAAGCUAGUAUGAAAUUUGACAAUGCUGGACUUGGCUCUGAUCAAGCAGCCAAAGAUUUCAAUAAUCAUUGGUGGGAACGCGUUUUCAACGAGGCCGCAGAAAAUGUUGAUGUGAGAACGACCAAAAAUGGUGUAAGUGUGGACCUAAAAAACAAAGCUGAGAGUGUAGAAAUAUCUACAAAGGAAUACUCGGUAAAAAAAUUGAAAAAAGCCAAGGAUCAAAGUUACCCAAAUGACAACCGAUAUGAUAAUUUUCUACAAUCAGCCACACUUACAAAAUCGGGCGAUGAAAUUGAAAAUCCCAACAAAAUAGCUGUAGCCGACAUAUCCGUUAAGAAAUACAAACCUUUAACAGACGAGGAGUUAUUUCGUGCAUGUGGGGGAAGAACCGCUCAUAAAGGAGCACGACAUGGUUUAAAAUUAAGUGGAAAACUAUCUCGUAUAGAACAGCAGGAGCAAGAACUUUUGGCUAAAAUGGAAGAAAAAAUAAAGAAAUCCACGAAAAAGGAUUUCAAUAAAAAAUCUGAUGUUUUAAUUAAUGCGGCAUAUGAAGAACCGAAGAAGAAGAAAAAUAAAGGAGUCGCGGUACAGGAGUUACCUGUUUUAAAUUUAUGUAAAGAAAUGAAUUCUUUAACUAAAUUAAAGAAAAAUGAACGGAAAGAUAUUCCUGAAAAUAGCCACAUAAACGUUGAUGUAAGCACCAAAAAAAAAAAAUAGUGACUACCGAUAUUGUUCGAGAAGAAGUUCUAGAUGUAAAUGAAAUCACGAUUCAUAAUUCUGUCUGUUCGAACCGGAAUAAAAAGCGAAAAGAAAGCUCCAUAGACCCAUAUAUGACA